AUUUUAAAAUCCAAUAUCAAAACUUGCAAUUUGAAAUAAAAAAAAGUUGCUUUCUUACACUAGGCUUUCUCUCUCUUCCGCAUUGGACUUUCUCUCUCCUCGAGCUUUCUCACUGACAUCGCGACUCGCAAGCUUUCUCACUCGCGAGCUUUCUCUCUCCUCCUACACUGCGAAAUCUCAUCUAUAAGGUUACAGAUUAGAGAUUACACUUUACCGUCUACCUUUCGUGUUUCAAGCAUCGAUUCAAGUUACUUUUCGCAGAUAAGAAGAGUCAGAAAGAAUAAAUUAAAGGAUUCUUUCAACGAUUCCAAUAAAUUGAAGGAAGAAGAAAUGGCAAUGAAUAAUGUAAGGUCAUUGAGAAAUAUUAUGUAUUCCAUGGACUCAACGCGAGUGAUUGGUUCAAGGACAUAUGCUACCGGGAAAGCUAAAAAGGGAUCCAAAGGAGGUGCAGCCACGGAAGCUCCCAAGAUAUCUCUUACCAAAGAAGUUAAGGCCACCACUGUAGUGGGAGCUAACAUCUUGAAAGAUGGCACAGAUCCUAAGGUACGACCGGACUCUGAGUACCCAGAUUGGCUUUUCCAGCUCCUUGAUAAGAGACCAGCCUUGAGUGAGCUACAACGAAAAGAAGCUGAAGAUCUCUCAGUUGAAGAUCUUAAACGCUAUGUUAAGCUGGAUAAUCGAGCAAGAAUCAAAGAAAACAAUUCAGUCAGGGCCAAGAACUAGUAGUGGAAAUCUGCAUAAAGUGUUUCCAUCUUUCAUCUAUCAUUGUCUUUGAGAAUGAGGAGACAGCAACACAUAAAUGCAAAGAAACCACUUGGCUUGGUACAGUUACAGUCCCAAGUUUCAUGUUUCGACUAAAGAUGGUGUGGUUGUGCUUCAUUUGUACUUCCAAAAUUCAAAUGUAUGGUGCAGUUCCAUAUUUUGAUGGUGAUAUUGUCGUGCUAGCUUUCCCAUCUUAUUGGGUAGUAUUUCCUUGUUGAGACUGACAGAUCAUCAAUUAUGGAGAAAAGGCCCAGUUUUUCUUGUUUCA